UUCAAUCGAAUCCCGUUGACGCAUAGCGCCGCGUGAACGGGGAAGACCGGGGGGUUAACUAUGCAGCGGGGGCGCGAAAGUCGCAAGCGCCCCGUGGCGCUGCUUCAAACCUUGCUGCUUGGCGCUUUAGUUCUGGUGGCAGUCGUCAGUCUGAACUACAGCUUGCCGCAUGCCGGCCGCGGCCCCGCGCGCGCUGGCGCAGUUGACACCAGCGGCACCGGCAUCGGUACGCACCAACUAGCGGGCCGGAAACUCGGCGCUGGCGAGUCCCACCAACACGCCGAGGCGGGGAAGAAGCGCGCGACGAUGGAAGCCAGCGCCGACGCCGGGUUGACUGUGCAGCUGCACUGCGCGGACCAGGCGUCGGACUGCGAGCUGCGGCGGCACCGGGGCAUGUGCAGCAUGAACCUGACCCACGACUUUGACACGUGCCUGGCCACCUGCGGCGUGUGUCCGGCACUGGCGCUGGCGCUGCGCGCCUCCAUGGACCUGACCGCGGCGCAGCUGCGGGUGACGCGGGCGCGCGGGCCGCCGGCGUGUGCGGACGAGCACGAGGUCGUGUGUGCGGCGAUGGUGGCGGACACGGACAGCGGCAGCGCCUGCGAGGCCAGCCCGCCCGCGGUGCUGGGGGCGUGCAAGGCCACGUGUAAGGCCUGCGAGCCCCAGCAGGCCGCCACGGCCGAUUCCGGAUCCGGAUCCGAUGGCGGCGGCAGCGGCGGCGGCGAUGGCGGCAGCGGCGAGGCCGGGUGCUUCGAUGCGGCAGACAUGUGUGGGUGGUGGGCGGCGCACGAGCCGCGCAUCUGCGACCGCGCGGCGGCGGACAUGCAGCGGUGGUGGUGGGUGGCGGUGGCGUGCCGCCGGACGUGCGGCCUGUGCGGCGGCGGUGGCAGUGGCGGCGGUGGCAGUGGCGGUGCAGGUGGGGGCGCUGCGGCGGGCUCGGCAGCUCGUCUCAGGGCGGCAGCGAGCUAUGGCGUCCAGGUGGGCGAGGACGUGGACGGCACGCCGCGUGUGGCGCCCUACGAGGCGCUCCCACCGGAGCCCAACAGCUGCAAGGACAAGGAGACUAAGUGUUCCGAGUGGGUGGCCGCCGGCGAGUGCGCACGCAACGCCGGAUUCAUGGCCGACGCCUGCGCCGCCUCUUGCGGCACCUGCCCAGUGGCCCUCAACCUGCCGCGCCCGCUGGCCAAGGUGCGGCUUAACAACGGCGUGCUCAUGCCCACGGUGGGCUACGGCUGCGCCGGCCUGGGCGAGAGCGCGGGCGACACAGUGCAGUGGGCGCUGGAGGCGGGGUACCGUCACCUGGACUCGGCGCAGGCGCGGGAGUGGUAUCGCGAGGACCUGGUGGGCCAGGCGCUGAAUCGCUUCCUAGACGAGUCCGCCGCGAGUGCCUCGGCGGAAGGCGGCGGCGGCGGCGGCGGCGGCAGGCCAGUGCGGCGAGAAGACGUCUUCGUCACAUCCAAGCUGCACCCCAGGCACCUGGGGUACGAGGUCACACUGCGACAGUUCAACGAGACGUUGAAAGACCUGCGAUCCGGCUAUGUUGACCUCUUCUUGCUGCACUACCCCGAGUGCUGGGGCGACCUGUGCGGCGGUGUGGCACCUGCCGGCACCUUCCCGGACAGCUGGCGGGCGCUGGAGGACCUUUACGAGGCGGGGCUGGCACGAGCCAUUGGCAUCAGCAACUUCGCUCCACACCAGGUCACGCAGCUGUUGGCCAAGGCGACCGUGCGGCCGGCGGUGCUGCAGGUGCACGUGGACCCUCUGGACCACGCGGACGCGUUGCAGGCACUGUGCCGCUCUCAGUCCAUCACGCUUACCGCCUACAGCACGCUCGGCACGCAGUACGGCGGCGGGAAGAACCCGGUGCUCACCAGCCCCGAGCUGGCAGCCAUCGGCGAGGAGCUGGGGGAAGCUGCCGGCAGCGCAGAGGCGGCAGCAGGCGGCAAUGGAGGGAGAGGGGAAGGGGCAGGAGGAGGGGCAGGAGGAGGGGCAGGAGGAGGGGCAGGAGGAGGGGGAGGAGGAGGGCGUGGCGUGGCGCAGGUGGCGCUGCGUUGGGCGCUGCAGCAGGGGCUGGUGGUGUUGCCUCGCUCCUCCAACCGGGGGCGCAUAGCGCAGAACCUGCAGCUGUAUGACUGGUCGCUGACGCCGGCACAGAUGCGGCGGAUAGAGAGCCUGUGAGGCGUGCAAACUGCAAACACGGGGCUAGCUUUCACGAGACAGUGGUGUCCAAGUGCUGCUGUCCGGCCUGGACGGCGACGGAACAAGAAACAAGCCUAACGCGAAAGGGCGGGAAAAUUGGCAAAUGCUGCCGGCAGCGAGGCUUGCGCUCAGAGAUGCGGGCCCGGCUCCCCAAUGACUGCCUGUGCUCCAGGAGGAAGGCUUGUGCUGACAGCUGUGUCGCACCGUAUUCGGCAUCUCCACAUCACCACAUGGGAACGCUCAGUGCGCACGUGCUGCUGUCGCUGUGUGUAAGGGGGCCCCGUCGGGCACUCGAGUUGUGAGAUCAUGAAUUGGGGCCUGGGAGUGCCCACAGCGCUUGCCCCAGGCUUGCCCUCCCUCCUAGCACGCACCCGCUAACACAAAGCUACCAAUAACAGCGCUGCUCCUGAACGGCUGGACCUGCCCGCUCUCCGUCUGCUGCGUCUGCUUGUCCCAUGGAUUCUGGACACUGCCGUGUAAUUCCCCUUCUGC